CGACAUUCGACGACGGUGCGUGCGGUCAUGAUGUCCUCCACAAACGACGAGGACCCGUUCCUCCAAGCCCAACAAGACGUCCUCACCCAGCUCAAAUUAGCCCGCUCCCUCUUCGCGUCCUACCUGCGCAUUCGCUCGCUGACGACCUCGCCCACCUCCCCGGAACUCACGUCCGCCCGCGCCGACCUCCAGUCCGCGCUCGGCUCGCUCGCCGAGGACCUCGCCGACCUGGUCGAGUCGGUCCGAGUAGUCGAGUCUAACCCGGCCCAGUAUGGCCUUUCGGCGGCCGAGGUGACGCGGCGCAAGCGCCUUGUGCAGGAGGUCGGCGGCGAGGUGGAGGCCAUGCGCGAGGAGCUGGCCAGCAAGGUGUCGGCGUUCUCUACGGCGGGGGCCGCGGCCGCUGGUGGUGGUGGUGCUCCACGGCGGGGUCAGAGGAGUGGUGGUGGUGGUGGUGGCGGCGGGAAUGAGUUACCGGACCCAUCGUCAUUUGCUAUACCCGACGGGGAAGGAGGGGACAACGACUACGUUGCCGAGUUUGAGCGCGAACAGCAGCAGAUGAUGAUGCGCGAGCAAGACGAGCAUUUGGACGGGGUGUCCCAGACGGUGGGGAACCUGCGGCGGCAGGCCGAUGAUAUGGGGCGGGAGCUGGAGGAGCAGGUCGAGAUGCUGGAUAACAUGGAACAGCUGGCCGACCGGGUCGGGGGGAGGCUGCAGACGGGGAUGGACAAACUGAAGUAUGUCAUGAGGAGGAAUGAGGAUCGAUUGAGUAGUUGUUGUAUUGGGGUUUUGAUUGUCGUGUUGUUUAUCCUGUUGAUAUUGCUAUUGGCGUUGUGAGUCUAUGCCGUCGGAGGGUGUAUAUACAUAGGUCCAAUGGGCUUGGGCGCAGCACAUGCUAAGCUGCAUAAUACCGCGCGUCGAUAGAACUGGGUUUCGCAACACGGCGCAUGAGCUGAUCUGCCUUGGUAUUCUGAUAUCUUGGGGAUCUACAUCUUUCACAGCUGGGGAUAUAUGCUGUCCGAGAACCAUGGCAUAUGCGCUG